AAAAAUUCUAUAUAUCAGAGAUCGAAGAAAUCGGAAGGAGAAGUUGCAAGCACCGACGAGAGUAUUCCGUUCGACGAAGGAUCGAAGCGCGGAGAAACGAUGAGCGUCGAUCGCGGCAACGACGACGAAGCGAACGACUCGAUAGCGUCUCUGUUCGAACAUGACAUUUAACCUACGUCCUACGGAUAGAUCGCGUUGAUCGCCGAUCAUUAACGAGACAAUCGACGCGUCGAGGUCUGACGGCGCGUGCAAACACAGGAUCGAAGCGGAGAGAAACUCGUCGUGGCCUGUCAUACGUCGUAGGUGUAUCAUUAUAGAGUCUGGUUUCUCUUGACGCAUUCGAACACUCGUGAAAGCGGAAUCGCUUCCUGCGACGAUAAGUGUCACGGAACAUCGGUGUCUAAAUUAUGCCGAGAAUCGUGGUUUCGCCGUGAAUCAAAACGGAGAUGGAAGAUUGAAAGAGAACUUUCGCAACGACUUUUGACGCGAAUACGAUCGACUAUUGGUGGCAACUCUGGUUCUUCCGGACGAGAAGAGGCGGUUCUUAUUGAGGGAAAAAUCAACAGACUAUCGCGGAAAUCCUUGGAUCAAUAUGCCGCAUACAGGUCAAGCAGGAGUUAAUCAAUUGGGUGGUGUGUUUGUUAACGGGAGGCCAUUGCCCGACUGCGUUCGACAAAGAAUCGUACAGCUCGCUUUGGUCGGCGUCAGACCUUGCGAUAUCUCACGGCAACUCCUUGUGUCUCAUGGAUGCGUCUCGAAGAUUCUCACGAGAUUCUACGAGACGGGCAGCAUUCGACCAGGAAGCAUCGGAGGAAGCAAAACGAAACAAGUGGCCACCCCCACCGUCGUGAAGAAGAUUUUACGAAUGAAACAAGAACAACCAACCAUGUUCGCUUGGGAGAUCCGAGAACAGCUGGCGCGACAAGGAGCUUGCGAUCCUCAAAGCUUACCGUCCGUCUCCUCGGUAAAUCGAAUUCUUCGAGGCGGUGGACUUCAUACGGAUCACACGGGCAUCGAGGGUGGUUCAGCCAGCACGUACGCCUCGCAAGUUUCCUCGAACGUCGCCAACAGAGACACACUCAUGAGAACGGAUUACCAAUUAUUUUAUCCGGGAUCACUGGGACCGUUGCACAUUUCCACAACAUCCGGUAAUACCAGCGCACCAUCUUGGAAUCCAAGCUUUUACUCGUCUCUUUAUCAAGCGACUACGCUGCACUUGCAUCAUGGAAUGCAAUCGUUCACAUCGUUAGACGUGGAACGUCUGUCGGAACAAAGCGGACCAACGAACCAGGUCGAUUUAAAAUCCAGCUCGAGCUCGAUGGCGGGCAGCGACGACUCCUUGGACAAGAGCGACCUGGACGAGAACACGGAGUCCCAAGACCACUACAAGCCUUUCCAAAAUUCGCCUAUAAUCCUAGAACUCGGCCAGAAGAUCGGCAGCGAUCGUAGCGCGUUCGUCAGACACAGUACGUCCGGCUCGUCCGGAAACCUCGAGAAUCGACAGAGUCCACCGCCAACAAACGGCGACAAGCAGAAAAUAGCGUCUCCGCGAAUCUUGGAAACGGGAAACGAGCAGAGCACCAUGGCCAAAGAAGCGGCGGUCGAAGAAAGACCGGCGCAACCUCAGAGAAAAAGGAAUCCUUACUCGAUAGAAGAGCUUCUGAAGAAAGACGAAGGCAAAAGCACCUCGAAGAGGCCGAAAUUGACGAAUCUCGGGGUGGUUCAACCCUGUGGAAUUAUCCUGAACAAGGAAAUCUGAAGGAUCGCGGCCGAGAGAUAAACAGAACGAAGGGAAAGAAGACUAUCUCAAGAUCCGAUAAGAUAGAGGCUAACAGAUGAUCGUCUGGAUUUGGGAGAAUUUUCGACGCACGGAAUCAAGCAUGACGAUGUUCGGAUGGUGAAUGUGGUGGAGGAUGAAGAUGCGAUCGGUCGAAGAUGAAACGGAUGGACGAGCUAGGACAGAGAGGGAGGUGUAUGGUCGAAACGAUCGAUGGAUGUUGCGACGAUGAAAUCGGGCUAGGCUUAUGUUAAAUAUUCGUGGCUCUGUAUCUUUCCGAU